GGAGAAUGAACACUGGAGGCCGGAGACGAGGGGCCACGGCUCGGCGUGACGAGCUGCGAUGUGACAUCUGCUCGCGAGUCCAAACUGGGCGCGCACCGCAACUCGCACUCUCUCCUCCCUCCAUCUCUCCCUCCAUCUCGACUCUAUCCUUCUCUUGACACCUCUCGUCUCACUCGUCCACUCUCUCCUCCCGAAGCCUCCCUCUACGCCGGGCCCUCCGUGACUUUGAACUCUUUUUUUAUACAUUUUGUAUUCCUUUGCAUCGCGCCUUGAACCCAGCGGCGCUGGGACCCAGGAUCCCGUCCCUUCGGCCUCCGGUGCCGAGAGACCUGAGCUCGCCUCGGGACCCCCUUUAGAGGGACCCCCGUUGAAAGACCACCGCCACCUUGAGAAGAGCCGCGCUCCGCGGCGCCACCAGCACCACCCCCAGGUUGUAUCUCCUCUCGUGGUCGCCACCGAACUUCACGGCGCUCGCAGUGACCGGGGAGAGUUCCGCUGCUCGUGCCGCACGCACCAUGGCGCGGUUGAUGCUGCUGCUUCCCGUGUGGGCUGCCCUGGCUGCCCUGGCGUGCGGGGCAGCGGUGCAGCAGCAGGGCCCGCUGAGCUGCCCGGCCGCCUGCAACUGCACCAUGUCCACGUUCCACGCAGGCUCGGACGUGGAUUGCCGCGGCCGGGACCUCGCCGCGGUGCCCGGGGACCUCCCUCCCGACUCCUGGGUCCUCAAAAUGGGUUACAACAAGGUGCAGAAGCUGAGUGCCGAGGUAUUCGAAAAGAUCCCUGGGGUGGAGAGCAUGAACCUGGAGAACAAUGGCAUCUCCAGCUUCCACCUCAAGACCUUCUCCGACACCAAGAAGCUGCAGAUGCUCAACCUCUACGGUAACAGCCUGAGCCAGAUCCCGCCCAAGGCCUUCCAGAACCUCUACCGCCUCAAAUUCCUGCUGAUGGGCAAGAACCAGAUCGCCUCCCUCUCAUCGGACACCUUCCACGGCCUGAAGGAUCUGUCCGACCUGGACAUGCCUCUCAACAACCUCGCCGAGCUGCAGGGCUUCCUGUUCAAGCACGUGCCCUCCCUCAAGAUUCUCGACCUGGGCUUCAACAAGAUCCACAAAAUCUCGCCGAAAGCGUUCGUGGGCCUUCACACCUUGGACUUCCUCAAUUUGGACGGGAACCGCCUCAAGGAGGUGCCCGACGGCCUCUUCCAGCCCCUGCAGAAGCUGGAGAUGCUGGUGCUGAGCAACAACGAUCUGGCGAGCGUGGCGGCCGCGACCUUCGUGGGCCUGCAGGGCCUGAGGCAGCUCUACCUGAGCGGGAACCGCCUGGCCUCCGUUCCGCGCGACGCCUUCAAGCACAUCCCCAAGCUCACGCAUCUCACGCUCAACAACAACAAACAUCUGCGCUCGCUCGACGGUGGAGCCAUCUCGCGUCUCAGAGACCUGAGCGUGCUCUACCUGCACGGCAACCCGUGGGCGUGCGACUGCAAGCUGGCGCCGCUGGUCAAGUGGCUCAGCCGGGCCCAGGUGGAGCUCUUCCCCGAGGACUCGGGCUCCUGCUCCAGCCCCGCGGCGCUCAACGGGACCCGCCUCGACGGCGUCGCGUCCGCCAAGCUCUGCUAGAGACGACGGGAGCCUCGCGCGGGCCACCGGGGACCUUCACUAAUGUGGGGGUCAUCUCCGCCGUGAUGGGGCGCACCCCCCUGCUGGAGGGGGGUGCAGUUCGCACGCGUGCACUGCUCUUGGGACUUAGCGGGCCUCGCGUGUCUGGGACUCGAGGAUUCAGAUCCCGUCCGGUCUCUGGCCCAGGGAUUACAUUGUUUCAUGAAAUAUUUUCCGCAGCUUCAAAGCCCCCAACAGCAUGGGGCAGGGAAACUAUAUAUACACGUUAUGGAGCUCAGCCAAUGAGAGUUCCGGCUAAUAUUAAGCCCUAGUUUGACCUCGUGGCGGUGGUGAUUACAUAUAGAGUCGAGCCCCAGUUAUUCACUCGCUCGGGGAAGAGGUGGGGGGGGGGGGGCUGCAGCUGUUCCCCAACUAUUAAACUGGGUGGGGGGGGGUGGGGGGGCAAAACCACAAGCAGGACCGGGUUCAGGUGUCUUUACCCCCCCCCCCCCAUGCCCCCACACGCCUUCAUCAUCUCCUUACCCAUACAUACAAAGAUCUCCCGUGCAGCAUGAAUCGGCUGUUGGGGGGAAAGUGCUGUUAGCGAGUCGCACCUACGAAGACCGGCACGGCGCACGAGGAUUUGGGUUGGCCAGCGCCAUGCCCGGCCGCCGUCGCCUUUGUUUCUCCAGUGGCGAUGUUUGCACACCGCACCGGGAGUUUUUCCAUAGCUGCCAACCCAUAGGUUUACCCCGUAUUAUUGUACAGGGAAAUUGAGUUUUCACGUCUAUAUGGCGUAUAGCCGUUUCAAUGCGGGCAAAAAAUGCGUUGUCUAUUUGUUUGCGUUUCUCCCUUGUGAUGAGACUUUUUAGGAUGCACGUUGAGAUGUAUAAGGGGCACGGGGUGACCAAUAAGAUCUGAAUGUGUCUGUAAUAAGGGAGGCCCUGAUAAGGGGUUGACAGGUUUGGGUUUUGAGCUCCGGUCAAGUGCAUCUUUAUCCCCCCCCCCCCCCCCCCACCGCUAAAAGAUCUCACCCCGCACAUAACCAACUCGCCGUCCCCAACUCCUCAUGUCCCACUCGUCCACCCCAAACCCCGGGUGCCAACGCCUUCAAUUUCGGCCUCUCGGAUGUGACCCCCCCCGCCCGCCCCCGGGGGGUUCCAUGGUUCCAUGGGCCGCGUUCGAGCCCUGGUCCCUGGUUCUC